AUGGCAACAGCAGAAGCAGCUUCAUCUACCCUUGGGCCACGGUAUGCUCCAGAAGACCCUACUCUUCCCAAACCAUGGACGGGACUGAUCGAUGGAAGUACUGGUCUUUUAUAUUACUGGAAUCCUGAAACCAAUGUCACUCAGUAUGAAAAGCCCCCAUCUGUGCCACCGCCAAUGCCGCCCGGUCUGCCUCCUAAUGCUUCUAUGCCUAAGUUGGCCCAGAUACCCAUGGCACACUCCUCGCAACCAAAUGGUUUAGUGGCUCAAGCUGCACAACAAACUACUAUGCAAGCAUCACAGCAGCAAGGGCAACAAAUCAGCCAGUUGCAUCAACAAUAUGGACAAGUAACUGCACAACAGCAGGGUCCCCAUGUAGUGCAGGUUUCUAACCCGCAGGGUGCACCACAGCAAGGUUCACAAUUGGCACAGGCUAUGCAACAAACAGGGCAGUUGAGAUCAAUGCAGCAUCCAGGUCAGCAUAUGCUAUCCCACACAGGGCAGCAAAUGCCUCAACAAGGAGGUCAGCAGAUGCCCCAGCAGGUAGGACAGUAUAUUAUGCAGCACCAAAGCUCGCAGAUGCCACAACCACAAGGACAUCAGUAUGCAUAUCAGCAGCCAAUGCAGUACCUGACAUAUCAGCAAAAUGUGCUUCCACAAGGCCAACAAAGCUCGCAGCAGCAGGCCCAGCACAGUGCACAAGGGUUGCAAUUUUCUAAUCAACACGAAUAUAAGGCAGCAUUGCCUAAGAGAGAGGAAGUUGAGUUCCAGCAAGGAAAUCAAACUGGGUUUUCUCCAUCUCAGUUUCAACAGACUGGUGGAUCAUCCUCGCAAAACAUGUCUGCUGGAAGCAAUUCGGUUUCCAUGCCGCUUGCUGGUGUUCAUUUGGGUCAGGCUCAGCAGUUUGGUAGCUCUUCUGGUAAUAUUCAACAGCCUGCCUCCAUGGGUCAGAUGCAGCAAACUGGGACAGAUUUUCAUCAGCAGCAUGUUCCUAGGUUUCAAAAUCACAUGGCCCUGUCGGUGAUGCACAAUCAGCAGGCUAAUGUGCCCCCUGUUGGAUUGAAUGUGGGUUAUGAGAACAAUGCACGUGGUAGGUCUGGCAAUGAUCAUUAUAUUAAUCCUAAAAUGGAAGGGCCUGUGAUGAGUCCCCAUCAGCCUGAAUUCACAAUCAUGUCAAGGGAAAGAAAGCAGCAGGUACAUUCGUUGGUGCUCUCAUCUAAUGUUGGACCUGGUCAUGGUGGUGGAUUUAAUGCAGCUGGGCAUCUCAACCAUAAUAUGUAUAGUCAUACAACUGGUGGUCCACCCUUUCCAAACAAUGCAUUGAUGAGACCCCCUUUUAUCGAAGCUGGAGACAUUUCUAACCUCUCACCUGUUGAAGUUUACCGCCAGGAGCAUGAAGUUACAGCUACGGGUGACAAUGUUCCUGCUCCAUUCAUGACUUUUGAAGCCACUGCUUUCCCUCCAGAGAUCUUACGAGAUAUACAUUCUGCUGGCUUCUUAUCUCCAACACCAAUCCAGGCACAAACAUGGCCAAUUGCACUACAAAGUAGGGAUAUAGUAGCCAUUGCCAAAACUGGUUCUGGUAAAACAUUGGGUUACUUGAUUCCUGCCUUCAUUCUUCUUCGACAGCGUCGAAAUAAUGCUCAGAAUGGACCUACGGUCUUGGUCUUGGCGCCAACCAGGGAGCUUGCCACACAAAUACAAGAUGAGGUGACGAAAUUUGGUCGAUCUUCAAGGGUCUCUUGCACGUGCUUGUAUGGUGGGGCUCCUAAGGUCCCUCAGCUGAAAGAAUUAGAACGGGGAGCAGAUAUAGUUGUGGCAACACCUGGUCGACUUAAUGACAUUCUUGAAAUGAAAAAGAUUGACUUUAGGCAAGUUUCACUUCUUGUGCUUGAUGAGGCAGAUCGAAUGCUUGACAUGGGAUUUGAGCCCCAGAUCCGUAAGAUUGUGAAUGAAAUACCUCCACGAAGGCAAACACUUAUGUACACUGCAACCUGGCCGAAAGAAGUGAGGAAAAUAGCUAGUGAUCUUCUUGUUCAUCCUGUUCAGGUGAACAUUGGAAGUGUUGAUGAACUUGCUGCCAACAAGUCCAUCACGCAGUAUGUUGAAGUGGUCCCUCAAAUGGAAAAGGAUCGGCGCUUGGAGCAAAUCCUUAGAGCACAAGAGAGAGGUUCAAAGGUUAUCAUUUUUUGUUCUACAAAGAGAUUAUGUGACCAGCUUGCACGUAGUAUUGGACGGAACUUUGGAGCUGCUGCAAUCCAUGGAGACAAGUCUCAAGGCGAAAGAGACUGGGUUUUAAACCAAUUCCGGAGUGGAAAAUCUCCAAUUUUAGUUGCCACUGACGUUGCUGCACGCGGUCUUGAUAUCAAAGACAUAAGGGUUGUGAUCAACUAUGAUUUCCCCUCAGGGGUUGAGGACUAUGUCCACCGAAUUGGCAGAACUGGGAGGGCCGGUGCCACUGGUGUAUCAUACACCUUUUUCUCUGAGCAGGACUGGAAAUAUGCAGCUGAUCUGGUUAAAGUUCUGGAGGGAGCUAACCAGCAUGUGCCGUUGGAGGUGCGAGAGAUGGCUUUGCGUGGUGGGCCUGGCUUUGGGAAGGAUCGAGGUGGGUUGAACCGUUUUGAUGCAGGCAGGGGUGGUGGGCGUUGGGAUUCUGGUGGCCGUGGUGGGAUGAGAGAUGGUGGCUUUGGCGGUCGUGGUGGAAUGCGAGAUGGUGGCUUUGGUGGUCGUGGUGGCAUGAGGGAUAACAACUUUGGGGGGCGUGGUGGGAUGAGGGAUGGCAACUUUGGUGGUCGUGGUGGUGUUAGGGAGGGUCCCUUUGGUAGCCACGGUGGGAGAUAUGACUCCUUUUCUGGACGUGAAAACAGGGGAAGGGGAUUUGGUGGCUCUGGUGGUGGUCAUGUAGGUUGGGGUAGGAAUGAUCGUGGCCCAAAUGAUCGUCACAGCUACAUGGAUGGCCGUGGACGAGGUCGUGGAAGAUUCGAUGUUAGAAGGGAUAUGACUGAUAGGAGUAGGGGCAGAAGUUUCAGCCGAAGCCCUGAUAGGGGUCGGACAUGGGGUUCUAGUCGGAGUCGUAGUAGGAGCUGGAGCAGAAGUCGGAGUCGGAGUAGGUCCCGCAGCCGCAGCCCCCGCCGCAGCCGCAGCCUCCGACGCAGCCGCAGCUCCCAACGCAGCCACAGCCAUAGUCCUCGACGUGCCAGUAGCCACAGCCACAGCCCUCGAAGGAGCCCCAACUAUGAUAGAUUUGAAAUGCCUCGAGAAGGAAACAUUGAGGAGAAGGAUAUGACAGUUCCAGAAUUGAAGGCUUCAGAACAAGAAAUGUCUCCGAUGUCCCCAGGCACACAUGGUGAUGUACUUUCAGGAGCAGAGCUGCUGCCAGCCAUUGAGGGUGCGGAGCCAGUGCAACUGGAGGCUACUGGAGAUCCAGGGCUUCUGUCAGUUGCUGAAGCUUAA